AUGUGCGUUUUGCAGAAAGCUAUGGAAGGUGCUGCUUUGGCUGAAGGCCUGUGGGGACUAGCGGAUCACCAUGAGAAGCUUGGUGAGAUUGGGAAAACCAUAAAGUGCUUAGAAGCAAUUUGCCAGAGCCAAAUCUCUUUCCUUCCACUCGUUGAAGUCAAGACUCGCUUCCGUGUCUCUGCUCUUCUGCUCCGUUACUCUCACAAUGUCAACCAUGCCAAGUCCCAUCUCGAGCGCUGUCUUCUCCUCCUCAAGUCUAUUCCUUCCUCCUUUGAUCUCAAGUUCCGGACUUUUAGCUUGCUCAGCCACUGUUACCACCUCCUUGCCUCGUUCCCUCCUCAACGCAACCUUCUCCUCAAGGCCCUCGAGCUCGCGUCUUCUGUCCCUCAGGACGUCUCUGCUUACCUCUGGUCAUGCAACUUCAACUCUCAGCUCGCUAACACGUUUGUGAUCCAAGCCGAUUUCCCUUCUUCUCUCUCAGCUCUCGAGUCUGGUUUCCUCUCUGCUUCACAAAUUUGUUAUCCUGAGCUCCAGAUGUUCUUCACUGCUUCUAUGCUUCACGUUCAUAUCAUGCAAUGGACUGAUGAUUACUCAGUGGAGAAGGCUGUUCAGCGAUGCGAUGAGAUCUGGCAGAACAUUUCUUCCGACAAGACUGAACGCUGCGCCGGUUUGUUCUUCUACAAUGAGAUGUUGCAUGUUUUCUAUCGCCUCAGGCUCUGUGAUUAUAAGAACGCUCAGCAUCAUGUAGACCGGUUAGACCAGGCCAUGAAUGCUCAUUCGCAUAAAAUGCAGGAGGUUCAGCAGCUUGAGGAUGAGCUCAGUUCGUUAAACCAUAGUCUCUCACGUUACAAUCUUCCCUCCAGAGAAAGAUCAGCACUCUCCGCCAGACAAUCUCAGCUCCAGGAACGUGUAAACGCGUUGUCUCCGUCUUCUUCUACCACCGAUAACUCUCUGGAGCCAGCCUACUUUGGUAAUACAGAUCGUGCGUGGACAGCGAGGCUACUGCUUUCACCGUCACCGAUUGAUGGAGAGUGGCUACCAAAGAGUGCCAUAUAUGCUUUGGUUCAUCUUAUGGUUGUCAUAUCGGGACGUCCUAAGGGACAAUUUAAAGAGUGUUCAAAACGUAUAGACUCUGGACUGCAGAUCAUUCAAGAUGAACUGAUCAAGCUUGGAAUUACAGACGAAAUGCAGUUCCUUGAGAAUAGAGUGGCUUUGGAACUUACAAGGUCUGAAUAUGCUGAAGCACAAGAGGCUCUGGUUGAGAUGAAAAGCUUGUUUACUCGAUUUCCAACGAUAUUGCAAGCUUCCGAGUGUGUGAUUGAGAUGCUCAGAGGACAAUAUUCUCAUUCUGUUGGCUGCUACAGUGAAGCUACUUUCCAUUGUAUCGAAGCAACUAAGUUAACAGAGAGUAAAUCGAUGCAAGCUACGUGUCAAGCUUUUGCAGCGGUUUCUUACCUUACCAUCGGAGAUGCUGAAUCAUCAUCCAAGGCACUUGAUUUAAUUGGACCAAUCUGUGGAAUGACGAAUUCACUCUCUGGUGUUCGAGAGGAAGCUAGUAUUCUCUUUGCUUAUGGUCUCCUUUUGAUGAAGCAACAAGAUCUACAGGAAGCAAGAAACCGGCUUGCCAAGGGUUUGCAGAUCGCGCAUACACAUAUGAGUAACCUGCAGCUAGUUUCACAGUAUUUGACACUCUUGGGAAACCUGGCUCUUUGCUUACACGACACGGUACAAGCCAGAGAGAUCUUGCGUUCCUCUCUUACACUUGCAAAGAAACUCUCUGAUAUCCCAACUCAGCUAUGGGUUCUAUCCAUCUUCACAGCUCUGUAUCAGCAGUUAGGUGAGAAAGGUAGCGAGAUGGAGAACGAAGAACACCGGAAGAAGAAAUAUGAUGAGUUGCAGAGUAGACUCGCUGAAGCUCGUGGAUCUAUUCAUCACAUUGAACUAGUUGCUAAAGCUAGGCUAGAGAUCCACCAGGUGGAAGAGGAUGCACAAGAACAGUCUGUAGUAACUUACGGGCUAUCGAAUCUGGACAUUCCAGAGUCUGUUGGUAUUGAAGGUCCAUCAAUGGCUCAGUCCUCGUCGAGGCUUGUUGGUUUAGACGCUGGGAAAAGAUGGGGAAAGCGAAGGUUGUCAUAA